AAUUGCAACAAACGCUUACUCUAUCCUUCAUCCCCACCCAUAUCCGUUGUCUACCGCGCUUUUUCAACCAAUUGACAAACAAUUACAUCAUGAGUUUGAAACGCAAAGCAGCCGCUGCGGCCACGGACGCGUCCAAGAAACCAAAGCAAAACGGCAGCAUCACCGCCUUCUUUAGCGCGCCCAAGGCUGAUCCCAACGCGCCUCCUAAGCAGACGGUAGCAGCUGCAAAGUUCGACAGAGACGCGUGGGUUGCGAAACUCACAGACGAACAGAAGGAACUACUGCAACUUGAACUCGAUACGCUGCAUGAGAGCUGGCUGCCGCAUCUCAAGGAUGUACUAGUAACACCGCAAUUCCUGGAGCUGAAGAGGUUCCUGAAGAAGGAGCUGAGUAGUGGAAAGACGGUCUAUCCACCGAUGAAAGAUGUGUAUUCAUGGUCACGACAUACACCUCUCAACACCGUAAAAGCCGUCGUCAUAGGUCAAGACCCCUAUCACGGACCAAACCAAGCCCAUGGUCUCUGCUUCUCCAUCCGUCCACCGAAUCCCGCUCCCCCGUCGCUCCAGAACAUCUAUAAGUGCCUUAAGAAAGAGUACCCCGACUACCAACCUCCACCAAACAAGGGUGGUUUGCUGACUCCAUGGGCUGAUCGUGGUGUCUUGCUCAUCAACACUUGCUUGACUGUCCGUAGAGGCGAGGCCAAUUCUCAUUCAGGCAAGGGCUGGGAGACUCUAAUGCAAAAGGUCAUUGACACUGUUGUCAAGGUGCGGACAAACGGUGUUGUGUUUUUGGCCUGGGGAACACCUGCUCAGAACAGGACAAAGGGUAUCCCGGUCGACAAGCAUCUCGUCUUGAAGAGCGUCCACCCGAGCCCAUUGAGUGCCUCGAGGGGAUUCUUUGACUGUGGUCACUUCACCAAGUGCAAUGAAUGGCUCGAGCAGCGCUACGGAAAGGGCGGAGGCAUUGACUGGGACCUCAAUGUCGAUCCUGCCGAUGCAGGUGUUUGAAAUACAGCAUAUUUGGCGAUUGUCUGUCAUCGACUUGUCACAGGUUCUGGACUGGCGUUGGAUUCAUUUGGCUUUAGUUGUGGUCACUGGUACAUCUAUGGUGUGAGGCAUGUAAAGUUUUGACAUCGGUCACCCGUAUGCGAAAAGGAAAGAUGCUAGAAUAGCUUCUGGAAAAUACACUACAAUCACGUCAAGAAUACCACAAUUCACAAA